UCUUCUUCAGAUUGGUUAAUCAAACAACUUUUGUGUAUUUGUCAACAGAUUUGUUGAUCAACUUGCCUCUUCUUCUCGUCUUCUUUUUUGGAUUUAAACCCUAAAAAUCACAAUAAAUUCAAAGACUUUUUAAUUUUCUCGAUAAUUCGUUUUUUGGUCAAUUUGGUUAAGUGUAAACGCGUAGUUAUUGAUUUGGUGAUGUGAAUGUUUCUCUCUUCUGUUCACGGAUCUUUUUAUUUUUUGAGAAACAUCUCUCUCUCACUUUUAUUUCUCCAGCUUAAUCUUCUCCGAAAUAGACUCUGUUUCUUUCCUGAAUAUUUCGACUUCGUGAGAUACCUUUUCUCCAUAUUUCUUGGUGAUUUCGCUCUGUUCUUUCUUUUGGCUAUGAUAAACCUAAAGCCCUUCUUAGGGCUAAAGUUAGGUUUUUUAAUAUUUGUUCUCUGUUCUUCACACAUCUCCUCUGUUUCUACUGAUACUUUCUUCAUCAACUGUGGAUCUCCGACGAAUGUAACAGUCAACAAUCGAACCUUUGUAUCGGACGACAGUCGUGGUCAAGGAAUCUUCGAUUCUAGUCGAGGGACCUCUGUAGUCGGAACCACGGAUUCGCAUUCAAGGGAUGAAUCGACGACGACUCUGUUUCAGACCGCGAGAGUAUUCUCCGCUGAAUCAUCAUCAACCUACCGAUUCCCGAUCGAACAACACGGUUGGUUCUUGAUUCGUCUCUACUUCUUACCCUUUGUCACCUCUUCUCAAGAUCUAACCACAGCUAGAUUCUCUGUUUCGUCUCAAAACUUCACUCUUCUCAGAGAUUACAAACCCUCGACGACUUCUCUUGUUAAAGAAUACAGUUUAAACAUCUCUUCGGAUCAUCUAGUCAUUGAGUUUCGUCCUCAGACAGGUUCUGUAGCUUUCAUCAAUGCUUUAGAAGUUUUCAGACUUCCAGAGGUUUUGCUUCCUGAAGAAGCAAGACUUAUCGGUUCACAGAGCAAGAAGAAUCUCAAGCUCGGGACUCAUGCGAUGGAGACUGUUUCUCGUGUAAACAUGGGGAAUCUGACUGUGACUCGUGAUCAAGACAAGCUUUGGAGGCAAUGGGAUUCGGAUUCUGCGUAUAAAGCUCACUACGGUACCCCUGUGAAGAACCUGAAAGCAGUUAACUUCAGUGCUGCUGGUGGGAUAACAGAGGACAUUGCACCAGUUUACGUCUAUGGAACCGCCACGAGGUUGAACUCUGAUCUUGAUCCGAAUACUAACGCCAAUCUUACUUGGACGUUCAACAUCGAGCCUGGUUUCGAUUACUUUGUCAGGUUUCACUUUUGUAACAUAAUAGUGGAUCCUUUUGGAUUCGAGCGUCAGAUACGUUUUGACAUUUUCGUGAAUUCAGACAAAGCUGGCUCCAUUGAUAUGACAGAGGUUGCAAAUGGCACUUUUGGAGCUCCUUAUUUCGUUGAUGCAGUGAUGCGGAAAGCUAGAAGUCGAGAAGGAGUCAUGAAUCUAUCUAUUGGUGGAGUUAUGGAUGUUUCUUUGUACCCUGUUUCUUUUAUUAACGGAUUUGAGAUUAUGAAGCUAAGCAAUGAUAAGCGGAGUCUUGAUGCUUUUGAUGCUGUUUCCCCUGAUGGUUCUUUGCGUAACAAGAGUUCGAAUCCGAGUAUCGGAUUGAUAGCUGGAUUAGCUGCAGCUCUCUGUGUUGCUUUAUUGAUUGGUGUGGUUAUAUCUUGGUGGUGCAUCAGGAGAAGAAGAAGAAGAAAUAGAGAAAUGCAGACUGUUCAUUCUAGAGGAGAUGAGCAGGUUAAGCAGAAUGAAAUAGGUGAGAGCUUGAUCUUUUCGAGUGCAAAGAUCGGUUAUAGAUACCCUUUGGCUCUAAUCAAGGAAGCAACUGAUGAUUUCAAUGAAAGCUUAGUGGUUGGGGUUGGUGGGUUUGGUAAAGUUUACAAAGGAGUCUUGAAGGACAAGACUGAGAUAGCUGUGAAACGUGCAGCUCCUCAGUCUAGACAAGGAUUAGCUGAGUUUAAGACAGAAGUUGAAAUGCUUACUCAGUUCAGACAUAGGCAUUUGGUUUCUUUAAUCGGGUAUUGCGAUGAGAGUAGUGAAAUGAUCAUUGUCUAUGAAUAUAUGGAGAAGGGAACGCUUAAAGAUCAUCUCUAUGACUCAAAUGAUAACCCUAGAUUGAGUUGGAGGCAGAGGCUUGAGAUAUGUGUUGGUGCAGCUAGAGGACUUCAUUAUCUCCAUACAGGUUCGACAAGAGCAAUCAUACACCGUGAUGUGAAAUCAGCUAAUAUUCUCUUGGAUGAGAAUUUCAUGGCCAAAGUUGCGGAUUUUGGAUUGUCUAAGACAGGUCCUGAUCUUGAUCAUCAGACAUAUGUGAGUACCGCGGUCAAAGGAAGCUUUGGUUAUCUAGAUCCAGAGUACUUAACCAGACAACAAUUGACUGAGAAAUCUGAUGUUUACUCUUUUGGUGUGGUGAUGCUUGAAGUACUAUGCGGGAGACCAGUCAUUGAUCCAUCACUUCCAAGAGAGAAAGUGAACUUGAUAGAGUGGGCGAUGAAGUUGGUGAAGAAAGGGAAAAUGGAAGAGAUCAUAGACCCUUUUCUUGAUGGGAAAGUGAAGCUUGAAGAGGUGAAAAAGUACUGUGAUUUAACAGAGAAGUGUUUGGCACAAAACGGGAUUGAGAGGCCAACAAUGGGAGAUUUGUUGUGGAACCUAGAGUUCAUGCUUCAGGUCCAAGCAAAAGAUGAGAAAGCGGCAAUGGUGGUGGAUGAUAAGCCAGAGGCGAGCGUUGUGGGCUCAACUGUGCAGUUCAGUGUAAAUGGAGUGGGAGAUAUUGCAGGGAUCUCAAUGAGCAAAGUUUUUGCGCAAAUGGUUAGAGAAGAAACAUUAUAGUGUUAAAGAUUUGAUCAAAAGAAGAGUAUCUUCAUCAUUAUAGUGUUAUUUGUACAGAAGGGAGAAGGAGAGAACACACAAUAGACAAUACUGUUUUAUACAUUGUAGAAAAUUUCAAGUGUUGUUGUUUUUUCUAAUCGAGAUAUAUUGAGCAUCUUUGUUA